UUGUUUGGUAGUAUUAAUAUAACUGUCAUAAUUGUUAACUGAUUUUUAUACAGUGGGAAAGUCCUACUUGAACACACACACCAAAAAAAAAAUCAAACUGUCCCCCCCCCCCCCGAUAUAUAAAAACAGUGGUCAUCUAAUUUGAUUGGGUGUAAUGUCACUGUUGAUGAACAGUUUACUGAAAAGGAGUUACUUACCGAUCAUAUCAUCAAUAUAUGUGUUACACUAUCAACGGCAACACCAACACCAACAACAACAACAGUACCGUUGGUUUGAAACCAUUGACCGAUCGUUGGUUUCAUUGGCAGACAAUUGGCAGCCACCGAGACUGAGAAGCGCACAGUUGGCCAACGGACAAUCAUCAUCAUCGGCGGCGGCGGCGCCGGCGGUAUUCGAUGAACAAUGGUUCGAGCCGUUUGUGUCCAUUAAGCCGCGGUUCGCCAAAGCUGACGAAACAAAAUUCCCGGCCGGUUAUGUCGGUCCGAUGAAAGUGCUCGGUUCGGGCUAUAUAUUUGAUAGCGAACACCAAGACAACGUACUGGUUGUCACACAUAUCAAUACUGUGGCCUACUAUACGCUGGUCAAGGUUCGCAUGUUUAACGGCCAUCAUCUGAAUGGACGGGUAGCCUUGCGAUUGUUUGACGCCAAACUGGCCAUCAUUAAGCUAGAAUCGGACGACAAAAUGCGCGAAUACGGCAAACCGUUACGCGAGGCCGUCUACGCAGACGAACAAACCAUCAAACAGCUAGACAUUGGUCAAGUAGUCUACGGAGUGGUCAGUGCCGGCGCUUUUGUCCAUCAUUUUACGGCCGGCCGUAUUAGCGGUAAUAUCAAUCAGACAUUACAAACAUUCUAUCAUUCUUGUAGUCUCGAUAGCGAUGGAUUGGGUAACGUUAUUGUCGACGAAAUGGGUCGUAUAGUUGGACUCAAUCGGGAUAAAGGAGGAAACAGAUGUUUAGCCAUCAAUGCCACAUGUCUUCGAGAAUUUCUGUCAGGAGUUCAUAAUAUGAUUAUAGACGACAUGAAAGCGUUUGGUUUGAUUGUCGGUUGGCUCAACCAAAACGAUCCGAACACCCGAACCAACAUUCAAAACCAUUUGAACGCCCGAUUGGGACACCAGUCGCCCGAAUUGCCGGCCGAUAUUACCGGUGCUGUUGUCUGUCACAUAAUGAUGGGAUCGACAGCUCAUAAAGCUGGUAUCAAUUUGGGCGAUAUUAUUGUCAAUAUCGACGGCACAAAAGUCGAAUCGCUCGAUGACCUGUACGACCCGUUAAACGAUGACUUCAAUUGCGAUCUGCAGGUAAUCAGACCGUCCGACUCGUUGAGUGCCACCGGUCAGCGUCAACGGCGAUCGUUUAGUGUAAAAAAGACCGACAGACUCAGUAUAAUUGUAUAGAUUUUUUUUCGGGGGGCUGGGUUUGGGUGGGGCGGGAC